AUGGCAUAUCGUGCUUCCACAAGCGACUUUGUCCGGGGCGGCGAUCGGUGGGACCGCGACCGGUUCACCUAUGAGCGGGACCGAUACGGCGACGAGAGGGAGCGUUUCGAGGAGCGCGAUCGUACCGUGGUCCGUGGUCCUGGUGGACGAUCUCGAGAGACGGAUUUUGACGAGAGAUAUGAACGUCGCACCUCGCGGCCGUACGACGACGACCAUGUUCGUGACAGGCGGUACUACGACGACGACUACCGGUCUCGUCGCUCUUCCCCUCCGCCCGAGGUUGAGCGCAAGGUCUUUGUCGAAAGGGAGCGCGAGUAUCGUAGUCCAUCCCCCCCUCGACGACCGGCUACUCUAUUGAGACGCCAGUCGUCGCUCGAUACUUUUGAUCGACGCCCGCUUCCAAAGUUCUACGAGAGGGACGAGUACGGCCCACCCGCCCGCCGUGGAGACCACCGCCCCGAGUAUCGCCCGGAGCCCUAUCAGCCAAUCCCACUUCCCCGAUCGAGGGCCCUUCCCCCUCCCCGAGUCUAUGCAGAGCGUGAUCUCGACGAAAUUAGGAUUGCCGAGCCUGAGAGGUAUGGCGACGAAGAGUUUCACUCGUACCCAGAGCGUGUUCGUGAGAAGGAGGUGACCCGCACCCGUCGCCGGAGAGACCGCAGCGGUUCUACAUCCAGCCAUACGACCCGCAGGAGCCACAAGAGCCGUCAUACUCAUCACAGUAGCCACCGGAGCAGCUCCAGAUCAUCUUCUACCAGCAGGUCCAGCAGCAGUAGCGGUACCACUGUGACAGUCAAGAGCGAGUAUCCCAAGAAGGGCAAGACGAGAAUUCCUGGACGACUUGUCUCAAAGCGCGCUCUGAUCGAUCUGGGCUAUCCUUUCGAGGAGGAGGGCAACACCGUCAUUGUUCAAAAGGCACUGGGCCAGGAGAAUAUUGAUGAUUUACUAAAGCUUAGCGAGGACUAUAAAAAGUCGGAGCUAGAAGUUCUUGCUGCACGAUCUGAAGCUGGCAACUUGGUUGAAGAACGCCGGACGGAAAUUAUCGCUGUACCUCCACCACCGCCACCAGCAUCCGUACCAGUCUAUGUUCCACCUACGCCGGCCCCAGCUCCAGCACCAGUCUAUGUUCCUGCACCCGCGCCGCCGCCGCCGCCUCCCGCCGAGGUGUUUGAGGAGACAACACGGGUAGUACGCGAAGCAUCUCCUGUGCGCAGUUAUCGGAGCUAUUCUACUUCUGCUUCAUCGCGGACGCCCAUUGUCUAUGAAGCGGCACCACGAGAGUAUAGCGACGAGGUUGCUGUAGGACCUCUUGCUAUUGUUGGCGACCGGAGGCGAGAAAGGGAUAUCAAGGCGGAAAUCAGAGCACUGGAGGCUGAGAGAGAACUCAUCCGCCGGGAGAAGCACCACCACCACCAUCACCAUCAUCACAGCCACAGCCCCGGACGUGAGCUUGUACGAGCUGAGCGAUUGAGCACGGGCGAGCUUGUGCUCUAUGAAGAAACCGUGGAAAAGGUGGAGGAGCCGCGGCGCGGGGUGCGCAUUGAAAAGGACAAGAAAGGUCCGCCUCCGGGUAUCAUGAAAGCAAUGCUUGCGACCUUGACUUAG